AUGGAGGAGACGUACCUUCUCAACCAUCCAGGUGUCCGGAAGAAGAUACUGGCAGGAGGCUCAGGACCGCUGCCACACUUACCACCUGGGACAAAGCUGGUUUUCCAUUUCCAGACGCUGCUGGACAACUUUGAACGUACAGUCAUCGAUGACAGCCGACUGGCUGGCAGGCCGGCUGAGAUUUUUGUUGGAAAGAUGUUCAAGAUGGAAGUCUGGGAGACCUUGCUGGCUUCCAUGAGGAUUGGAGAGGUGGCUGAGUUCUGGUGUGAUGCCGUUCACACAGGCUUGUACCCCAUCGUGUCCAAGGGAAUGAGGCUAAUCGCUCAAGGGAAAGACCCCCUUGAGGGUCAGAGACACAUGUGCGGCAUGGGAAACAUGUUCAACUAUCACUCCACUGGUUUCCCAGAGCUGGAUGAGCUAAUGAGAACUCCUCAACCACUCAUUUUUAUCAUGGAGCUGCUGCAGGUGGGAGACCCCAUGUCCUACCAAAGAGAGUCGUGGAUGAUGGAAAAGGAUGAGAAGCUUCAGGAGGUGCCAAUUCUCCACAUGCAGGGCAAUACGCUGGUCAGGCAGAGACAAUUCAGAAAGGCUGCCAGCAAGUACAAAGAGGCCGUCCUGCUGCUGAAAACAGUCCAGUCCAGAGAGAUGCCGGGUGAUAUAGACUACAUUAAUUUGGGUCGAAUGAUCAUCCCCCUGGAGUUGAACUACUGCCAGUGUAUGUUGGAGCUGGAGGAGUAUUAUGAAGUUAUAGAGCACACCACCGAACUGCUGGAGAAACACAAAGACUGUGUGAAGGGCUACUACAAGAGAGCCAAGGCCCAUGCUGCUGUGUGGAAUGAAAAAGAAGCCCGGAGAGACUUCAACAUGGUGGCCCACCUUGACAUCACUCUGGCCUCUCUUGUCAGUCGAGAGCUGAAAACCCUGUCAGAGCGCAUGAAGGAGAAGUACUGGGAGGAGAAGGAGAAAUACUGGAACAUGCUAGAGAAAAAGGAGAACAAAAAUGAAGACAAUGAGAGGGAGGAUGAUGAUGAAGAGGAGGACGACAAGGUGGAAGACAAAGGAAAACAAGAAAAUGUGACCACAGAGAGUAAAGAUGAAGUGGAAGAAUCUCCAUCCAUUCUCUGUGCUGAAGCUGAAGCCCAUAAAGAGGAACUCGGGGGAAAUAAGGAAGCAAGCUCUUCUGAGAUCAAUCCAAAUGCUGCCAAUAAAAAAGAGGGAAAGGACUGGCAGCAGAUGUUACGACUGGUCAUGUUUCUGCAGAAGGAAGGAAACUUCCUCAUUAAAGAAAAUAACUUCGAAGAGGCUUCUGUAAAGUUCAAGGAGGCCAUAGAAUAUGUGGACGUCCUUCAAAAUAUGAAGCAGUGGUCUUAA